AUGGAGCCCGUGGCGGUCCCCGGCGCCGAUCGGGACGUGGUUAUUGGGCGCAUUCUUAUCAAUCAGUGGGCUUUGUCCACCACGGUGCCGGGCUUUCCACACGAAUCCACUCUUGUGGGAUCCCAGGGGACCCGUGGGACAUUCCAGCCCACCCCUGAUACACGAUCUGUAUCAGUUCGCACGCCUUCGAGCUGCGUGGCGACGAACUCUGGGAAAAACGAUCCAGGGAUUAAUUGA